UAAUUUUGGUUCUGUAAUGAUGUCUCCCAAACAAUCGUUUAUCUCGCGCAAUUUGAUUGCAAUUGUGAUGGUCCCAAGUUUAAUUGGAAUUCACAUGGGCUGGAGUUACAUGCAAAAUAACCGCAAGCUAGUUACUGCCGAUGAGCAAAUCGAUUUGCCAGUAGUUACGCUUGCCAAAUACCUGUGGGGAAAACUAACAAGCCCAGAAAGCGAGAGGACGAACAGUCCUAAGUGACACUAAAACCACUCAAUGUAGAAGGAAAGAUAUGGGCUGUAAAUAGAAUUACGUACAUAUGUAUAUGUAUUUUAUAAUCUACGACACGGAAUAAAAACUAAUUUUUGACAUGAACGAA